CGUCGUCUCCGAAGGUCUUGUUUCUGUAGUACCUAAUGAGCUCAGUCGGCCACCGUACAGCUAGUAAACAUGGCGUCCGACGAAGACGGCGAUGAGGAUUUUGUGACUUUUGGAACUCCGUUAGAGCCUCUGGAGGAAGACGAACCCAUCAGAAAACCGAUACCUGUGCACGAGCAGACAGUUAAAGAUGAGAAAGGUCGUUACAAAAGAUUUCACGGAGCCUUCGCCGGUGGUUUCUCCGCUGGUUACUUCAACACAGUGGGCUCUAAAGAAGGCUGGACACCAUCAACAUUCGUAUCAUCCCGACAGCAAAAGGCAGAGAAACAAAAUGCUAGACCAGAGGACUUUAUGGAUGAGGAGGAUUUUGGUGAGCAUGGUAUUGCCCCACAAGAGAUUGUCACUACAGUUGAUUUUGCCUCGGAGAAACGGGAUCAGAUCAAGGACAAAGCACGAGCUGUCAACUUUCUUGCUGCUCCCAUACCUGGGGACACUGGACUGCUGGAGGAGCUUAUUGCUCCUGCACGGUCAUCUAUUGGUGUGCAGCUACUGAGGAAAAUGGGCUGGAAAGAUGGCCAGGGAGUCGGGCCAAGGCUAAAGAGAAAGCAAUCCAAACAAAAUGAGAAAAGUGCAGGUAGAUCUUAUGGCUGUGCAUUACCGCCCAAUGGAUCAGAGGAGUCAGAGGACGAUGAUGAUGAUGAUGAUGAUGAAUUUGCUCCGGAGAAUGUGACCUUUGCCCCCAAAGAUGUGAUUCCAGUGGACUUCACCCCUAAAGUUGACUCUCAUGGUCUGGGUUACCGGGGACUUAACCCCCUUCAGGCCCUGAGCGGUGGAUUAGGUUCAGGGCAGCUAGACCUCUUUAUGCUUCAUUCUGACAAAACAACCAGCUUGAUCGGGGAUAAGAAGUCAGGAAAGCAGCAAAGAGGUGGGAUUGCAGGACAGGCAUUUGGAGUCGGAGCAAUGGAGGAGGAAGAUGAUGAUAUUUAUCAUAAAGACUCCAUGUCCAACUAUGAUGCCGUGCUGGGAGGAGAAGAGCCAGGGGAUGGGCUCUACGGAUGGACUGCCCCUCAGCAGUAUACCAAGAAGAAAAAUGAUUCAAAUCGAGAUGCUGCCUAUUUAGGCCGAAUUUUGGAGGGGUUCACACUGGCCUCCAAAGUCACAUCAGAGAUGAAAACAGUAUAUCCUCCCCCUGAUUUGCCACGUGAUUAUCGCCCUGUACAUUAUUUCCGGCCUGUGGUUGAUUCAUCUUCUGUGAGCCCCAUUGUUGCCCAGGCGCUGCAGGCUUCACGUGGAUACCUGUCACAGGAUACACCCAAGCAAGGCCGUCACACUUUGGAUUCCUCUCAGAGACGUGAAUUGCUUGGAGAGACGUCUCUACAGGGACCAAGUUCUGUGUUUGAGCUGCUUGGCAGCGAGGAAAGGGAGAGGCUGAAUGAGAUUCGCAGAGCAUCCAAAGAGCAGAAUAGGUCUCAAAGAGAUCUUUCUUCAGCUGUAGAUCGUGCUGAGGUGGUGGCUUCAGCGAAAGCUGCUGUUCUGCAGGCUCUGUCCAGCCGUUUUCAGUCAGCCGGCCCGCAGUCUGACUCCCAAAAUCAACCCCAGCCAUCUUCUGAGAUGCAGAUGGCUUUAAACGCCUGGUCCGGUCCCACAGCAGAUGCCAGCAAAACAUUUAAACCAUUUGCAAAGAAUCCUCAGAAACAGGCUCGCUAUGAUCUGUACAUCAGCCGACUCAAACAGGGUGACAGAGAUGCCGUGGAGUCGAGUCUGGACACUUCCAUGACGGAGUGGGAGAGAGGGAGAGAAAGGGAGGAAUUUGUACGUGCUGCGUUACUUUAUAAGCCAAGCAACUCAUCUCUCUCCUCACGUUUUACACGUGCCAAGCAUGAGGAUGACACCGACAGUGUGGAGGUCCCAGCGGAACAGGAGAAUGAUGUAGAUGAUAAGCAGGCCGCUGUGAAGAUGAAGAUGUUUGGGCAGCUGACCAGAGAAACGUUUGAGUGGCACCCUGAUAAACUAUUGUGCAAGAGAUUCAAUGUCCCAGAUCCUUACCCAGGGUCCAGUACAGUGGGAAUGCCUAAAGUAAAGAGAGAUAAGUACUCAGUCUUUAACUUCCUGACCAUACCUGAAAACAGCCAGGUUAUCAGUGCUCCAAACCCUCCCAGCACCAGUACAACCCUUCCCCAUACAGCUUCUAAUAAGAAAUCCAGGUGGGACGUACCAGAGCAGGUUUCCAAACCUCAAGACCCACUCAGUGCAUUCCUCAGUGAAGCUCGAAGCGAGGUAUCGACGGUUCAGCAGGCCGCAACUGGAGUUAAGAGCCAGACAGACUCAUCUGCCACUCCAGAGGUACCCAGUACAGCAUCAUCUGAAGAGCAGCAGAGUGAGCAGAAGACUGAAAAAGAGGAGGAGAAAGAUGAAGAAGAAGAAGAAGAAGAGGUGAGGCCUCCAAUGGAUCUCUUUAAAGCCAUCUUUGCCAGUUCAUCAGAUGAGAAGAGCUCAUCUUCAUCUGAAGAUGAUAGUGAAGAAGAAGAAGAAGAGGUGAACCCAACAACAUCUGAUCCAAUCAAAAGCACUACAGGCAGAUUGGACCCAUCCAUCAAAAUUCAGGACACUCCUGAUCUCAGCAAAGUCACAGAUAUAAAGCAUUUUAAAACCCAGAGUGUGCCGUCUGCUGAUAUAACAGAACAAAAAGCUCAGUCCUCUGUAAAGCCUCCUGCUAAAUCUGGCGAACUGGAUGAAGAAGAGUUUGGCCCCAGAUUACCACCUCCCGGGCUUGUGCUACCUGCAUACUCACCACAGUCAAAAAAACAGAAGAAGAAAGAUAAAGAGAAACACAAGGCUAAGAAAGACCAUAAACACAAGAAAGAGAAAAAGAAGAAGAAGAACAAGAAACAUAAGCAUAAAGGUAAACAUAAGAAGAAAGUUGAGGAGUCUAACAGCAGCUCAGAUGACUCUGACUCCAACAGUGAAGAUGAAUCUAGAGAUGUUUCUACAAGUGAACUACUUCAGAGGUUGAAAAAGCUCAGGGACAAGAGAAGUUAGACCUUACGAGGAUUACGUCUCACAAAUACAUAAAAUAAUGUGUGUGCGCGUCUGUGUGUGCGCGUGUGUGGUAGGUGGUAUACUUUUAGCACCUACUAGCAAUUUUUUAUGUUGUCAGAUGAUUUUGAUUAAAAAAUGAAAUUAA